AUGAUCGCCCCUGGCAUAGUGUCGGAAGAGGACGUCCUGGAGUUUGCAACGAUGCCAUCGACGCACAUGGGCGGCCUUUACCCAGCAUUGAAGCUGCAUUUGAAGAAGAUCCGUAUUGCAGAGAAAGACAGUGGCUCUCCUUUCCUUUCUUUGGCUUUCAUGCAUAUACCCUUUCCCAAAUACGCAGGAGACGAUUUGUCGAUAAGUGGUGGCAAGCGGAGGGAACCAACCGAAGGCCCCAGCAUCAACACGCAUCUUUACGAUGCCCUGGUGCAAGAAGAAGUGUCUGCGGUGGGCUGUGGGCACGAUCAUGUCAACGACUUCUGCGCUCUGUUGCCGAAGUCGCAGCGAGGGCAGUUGGUAGAAGGCGACAACCAAUCGAAGGACACGCGCGUCUGGGAGAUUGACGCUAACAAGGGCGAGGGCGAGUUGAAGACAUGGAAGCGCAUCAAGUACUCCGGUGACCGAUUCGAGGAACUAGUACUCGUAGAAGGCGGCCAAGUCACAGAUCCCUCAGCGUCAUUAGACACCGAGAAGCCAUGCACAAUUCUCUGA